AUGAAUAUUGGAGGAAAAAGAGAAUUCCACGUGGUCUUAGAAUCCCAAAAGCUCCGACAUUGUGUAGCUGCUGAUGCUAAUGAGAUCCACAAAGAAAUCGUUUCAUUGGAAGAGAAAAUUAAGUCUACAUCCUACGUUGAUCUUGACUCCAUCCUUGCUUCCAUCAAGUUAUCCACAGACAUAUACCGAGAUAAUCUGAAGGAGAUCAAGUUCAAAAAAUACAAACGAGAUACGGAGGAUUACCUUCGACAUGAGGUAUAUCCUUGGGAUGUUAAACCUGUGUUUAUCACCUCUAACAUUGGAGGCAGCGCUAGAAAGGAGAGCAGUGUAGAAACUAGGGGAUCAUUUGGAUCUACAUCACAGUUCCGUAGUCGAACGAGAGGCACUGGCCAAAGUGAUUCUAUGGAGAGAGACUGCAACAAAAAAGAAGAAAUGUCGGAGAGGCUCAAGGGCCUCAAAGAAAUCUACGACCGUGGACUCGGAGCUUCUCAAAGAGACGGGCCAAACCACUUCAUGACAUUACUGCCAGGGAUGGUGGCCCUGAAAGCCAUUAAAACUACUACAGUUUUUGCCAAGAUGCAUGAAAUACAGAGUGUAAAGCUGAUUCCAAAGGCUGAAUACCGAAUCUGGAAUAACCAGUCAGUGGGCUUCCCUAAAAAGGAUUACCUCAAAACAGUGACCCCAGAUAGGUACCCUUCUAACCCUCAAGUUCAGGAGUUGUGGGAAGCACUCUAUGGUUGUUCCCCCUCCACAUCCAGCUUGAACAGUCAUUUGCCCUCCUGCACAGGAAAGGAACUUCUCAGAAAAGAACACUCUGCCUACAUGAACACAUCCAGCCCUCGUGUGGCCUACCAUGUAUAUAAAGUAGUGUAUGCCUUUGCUCAUUCUCUACAUAAUCUCAUUCACUGUAAACCUGGAAAUGGACCGUUUGAGAAUGUCUCAUGUGCAAACCUCAACAAUGUGUUUCCAUGGCAGCUUCAGCAUUAUUUACAGGAAAUUUCUUUCUCUGUUUCUGGAGAAGAAGUCAAUUUUGAUGUUAAGGGAGAUUCAAUCCCAUCAUAUGAUUUGAUAAACUGGCAAAGACACGCAAGUGGAGAUAUUCAGUUUGUUAAAGUGGGCCUCUAUGAUGGUGCUCAGCAAACUGGGAGCGAACUGGUGAUUGAGGAGCAGGCCAUCAUGUGGUCUAACCAACAGAAGAAGGCAAGGUCUGUAUGCAGUAACAGCUGCACUCCAGGAUUCAGGAAGGCUGUCCGUCGUGGGCAACCUCUGUGCUGCUUUGAUUGUGUUCCAUGUGAUAUUGGCAAGAUCAGUAAUCAGACAGAUUCAAUAGAUUGUCUGUCAUGCCCUGAAGAUUAUUGGUCCAAUGUUAAUGGAACAAUAUGUGUCCCGAAGGCAGUUGAGUUUCUCUCCCAUGAUGCAAUGGGAAUCACCCUGACUGUGAUAGCUGUAGUGGGAGCCUUUCUGACUGUCACAGUUCUGGUGAUAUUUUUAUAUAACAGAGGAACCCCUAUAGUCCGUGUGAAUAACUCAGAACUCAGUUUUUUCAUCUUGUUAUCACUGACUCUGUGUUUUCUCUGUGCUUUGGUGUUUAUUGGGGAACCUACAUCCUGGUCCUGCAUGCUGAGGCACACUGCCUUCAGCAUCACUUUCUCUCUCUGCAUCUCCUGCAUCCUGGGCAAGACUUUAGUGGUGCUGGCAGCUUUUACAGCUACCCGACCUGGUAGCAAUAUAAUGAAAUGGUUGGGCCCCACACAGCAGAGAAUAAUCAUCUUCUGCUGCACUCUGGUCCAGGUGGUCAUAUGUACUGCUUGGCUUACAAUAUCCCCUCCUUUCCCCUAUAGAAACACUAAAUAUCAACAGUCCAAGAUCAUCCUUGACUGCAGUGUGGGCUCUGAUCUGGCCUUCUGGUGUGUGUUGGGAUAUAUAGGCCUUUUGGCCUGUGUCUGCUUUUUUCUGGCUUUUCUGGCCCGAAAGUUGCCAGGCAAUUUUAAUGAGGCCAAAUACAUCACCUUCAGCAUGCUUAUAUUCUGUGCAGUGUGGCUGGCAUUUGUACCGGCAUAUGUCAGUUCACCUGGUAAAUUUACUACUGCUGUGGAGAUUUUUGCUAUUUUAGCUUCUAGUUUUGGCCUGCUCUUCUGCUUGUUCACCCCCAAAUGUUACAUUAUUUUAUUAAAGCCCGAGAAGAAUACAAAGCAACAUUUAAUGGGAAAAGUUACAAAAUAA